AUGGGCGACGAUAGCCGUCCGAUUCUCGAACCACAGGCAUCCCAGACACGAUUUAAUAUGAGCCAGAAAAUAGAGGGUCGGAGGCGGAAGAAGGUGUUGGUGGUCGGUGCAGGAGCUGCUGGCAUGUCGUGCGCACACCACCUUUCGAACCACCCAGACAAAUUCGAUGUAACGCUCGUGGACGCAGUAGACUACUGCGGUGGUCAGGCGUAUUCCAUCCCGAUAGACAAGGAGAAGACGGGCGCAUCAUGGCUCAACCAAGGAGUUCAGGGCGGCUCUCCCAUCUUCCACCACACCAUGACCAUGUUCGCUCGCAAUGGCUUCUGGGCGGAUCCUGUCAAGCUUCAGGUGUCGUUCGGCAAAGGAGAGCAGUUCUGGAGUAAUGUCUAUCCUACACAGCUUCUCAAGAAGCAUGAGAAAGAGGUGAAGCGAUUCAACACCAUGUUGAAGAUUGUACGCAUGUUUGAGGUCUUCUUCGCUUUGCUGCCAAUCAAGUACUUGGUCAAGAUCUUUAGAUUCUCGGAUGAGUUUGCGAAUGCUGUGGCAUUGCCUAUGCUUGCCCUGUUCCUGGGAACGGGAAACUAUACACCAGAAGUACCCACCAUGGUUCUUGAGAGGCUGUGUACCAGUCCGACAUAUGGCAUGUGGUAUCCUCCAGAUAAGGCCAGCAUUACUUCGCAGAUGCCCUCGAUGGUGGUAUUUCCAAAUCUCAGCGACUUCUACGAUACCUGGCGGAAGAACUUGAUCAAGAAGGGCGUCAACAUUCGACUUUCCACAGAGGUCACUCAGGUGAUUCGAAGAGAUAAGAACGGAGUAGCUGUGAAGAUCAUUGGUCGCACACCGACGGAAGACGGACACAAUCCGAAUUCUGCUUGGACUGGGGAGACCCCGAGAGCAGAUGCUGAUGCCAUUGAGACUAUUGAGGAGUAUGAUGAGAUUGUGCUCUGUGUUCUCACGGACACCGCAAAGCGUCUUCUCAAGCCUACCAUCACUAGAAUUGAGUCCCGAGUUUUGGGGUCAGCCAAAUUCGCCAACGACAUUACUGUCACUCAUCAGGAUUCCGAGUAUAUGAAGAAGCACUACGAGAACUUCUAUUCGAAAGACCUCGCAGUAGCAAACAUCAAUGGAGUAGACUCUCAAGACCGCUGCGACUUCGCCAAAGACAACUUCAAAGCCAUGUACCUCAUCCGAAACUACCAGGAAGAUCUCACCAAGUUGGAAAUGUGCUUCGAUUGCACAAACUACCAAGCCCAGUUCCCACCCGAGGUCCCAUUCGAGAAGCACGUAUUCCAGACCAUCUUCCUGAACAAGGAGCGUGAUGGACACCUCUGGGCUAUCGAUGAGAUCGACGAGAGCAAGAUCAUCCGCAAGGAUUGGUGGCAUCAACUCUGUCACAGCUGGACCCACUACAUGUUCGUUGUACCCUGGAUGUGGCUCCUCCAAGGAAAGAGGCACACCCGCUACGCCGCCUCUUGGACAUUGGUCAACGCACACGAAGUCGCUUGUAUCAGCGGUAUCAGUGCUGCUGUGGAUCUUGGAGCUGACUAUCCCGAGGAUCUGGAACGAGACAAGUUUUCGUUCUUGGCUUUCAGAUUGUAUUAUCUGCUUGUUUAUGGAAAGUGGUUUGGAAGGAAGGCCACGAAGAAGACGAAGGAGGGACCGGGUAAGGAGUGGGCCACUGGUAAUGAGUAUGGAAGCGAGUAUGCUGGGCCGGGUGUGCAGUAUGAGACUGAUAGGUUGAUUUGGAGGAAUGAGGUCAAGGCUGGGAGGAGUGUGGAGAGCUUUUAG